UGAUGCGGUGGAUCAACGGUCCAAGACGACGACGCCCGGUACCUGAUGGUGGUUGCGACAAAAUGUUUGAUAAGUGCAAAGGAACGACGAUAACGGCGAUUCACUGCAGCGGGUCGACUCUGCUGGCAAUAGCAGUCGUGUGUCUCAACUUGACGGGAUCCAGAGCCUUUGACGUCUACUGGAACAUCCCGACGUUCAUGUGCAACAAGUAUCAGAUGGACUUCUCCAGCAUAGGACCCACUUACGGGGUGCAGCAAAACGGGAACGACAGCUUCCGCGGCGGUGCCAUUUCUAUUCUAUACGAUCCGGGCAAGUUCCCUGCCCUGCUGGAGAAAGCGUCCACCCGGGUGCUGUACAAGCGAAACGGCGGGGUGCCCCAGGAGGGAAACCUAACCGAGCAUUUGGACAUCUUCCGCAAGCACAUGGAUGAGCUGGUGGCGGAUCCGGAGUUUUCCGGGGUAGGAGUCAUCGAUUUCGAGUCGUGGCGACCGAUCUUUCGACAAAACUUUGGUUCGCUUCAACCGUACAAGGACCUCUCGAUGAAGAUCGAGAAACAGAGGCAUCCGAAUCUGCCCCCCAAGUGGCUGGAAGCUGAGGCAACCAGACGGUUCGAAUCAACAGGCCGGGACUUCAUGGCUCAAACGUUGCAGCUGGCCAAGCAGCUACGGCCCCGGGCAGCGUGGGGCUAUUAUGCCUUUCCGUACUGUUUCAACAUGAACGGGGGCUCCGGGAAUGGCCAGCGGGAGGACUGCUCCGCCGAAGUGCAACGGGAAAAUGACCGCAUCCAGUGGCUAUUUGACGAUUCGGACAUUAUCUUUCCGUCGGUUUAUCUGAGGGAGAAGCUCGGUGCUGGCGAUCGAGUCAAGCUGAUCCGGGGGAGAGUGAAGGAAGCGGUCCGGGUGGCUGGCAGGGCCCAAGUGCAACCGAAGCCACGGGUGCUGACAUACAUUCGGUAUGUCUAUACGGACAGCAUCAAGUUCUUGACCGAGACUGACUGGAUCAAUGCCUUGAACGCAAUGAAAAAGUUCGGCUCAGAUGGAGUCAUUCUUUGGGGCAGCUCGUAUGAUCUCAAUAGCAAGCAAAAAUGCACAUCCUUCAAAACCUACAUGGACACAACGCUUGGACCCAUCCUUCAAUCCCUUCAGCAGCGAUACUUCGUCGAAGGUCUCAAAAUGAGGGAUGAUCCAUUGUAGUAAACAAAGAACAACCGUCAGCGACUUUACAAACUGAAAACCAACGGCAGUAUUCAUUGCACCUUGCACCAAAUAAAAAAAAAAUGAAAACAUCCAUGUGAUCGACAAAUCCAAAUCAUACCAUUCUAGAGUGUAGACUUCUUGUAGUAGCUAAGAC